AUGCUGAUGGUGGAUAGCAAGGUGGUGGUGAUGGUGGAUGUGCUGAUGGUGGAAGGCACGGUGGAGUUGGUGGUGGAUGGUGUUGGUCAUAAUGGUGAUGAGGAAGGAGGUGGUCAUAGUGAAUAUAAGCACGGUUUUGGUGGUAUUGGUCAUACUGGUGAUGAGAACUAUGGUGGUUUUAUUGGUCGUGAUGGUGAUGAUUACGGUGGUGUUGAUGGUCAUGAUAGUGAUGAGCACGGUGGUGUUGAUGGUCAUGAUAGUGAUGAGCACGGUUGUGUUGAUGGUCAUGAUAGUGAUGAGCACGGUGGUUGA